GUUGAACAACGCUCGAGCCCAAACAGCUGUGGGAAAAAUCAAUUUUGCAACUCCCUCGCAUUUUUCUAAAGAAAGUCUUUCUCCGCGAGAAAACCCAGGAAAAAAUGACCAACGGAGACUGCUUUGUUGUUCUGCCCGAGAACUGUGCCGAGGGAACCCUGAUCAUUGGUCGCAAUGCAGAAGACGAAAAGAACAUAAACGUUGCCUCGGAGGUCUGCUUCUACGACAUCGAAGAGGUGUUUGAGGGGAAGACUGACGGUGGAGCUGCUGCUGAGACGGGCGGCGAUGUCGUGCGCAUCAUAUUGCAGAAACCGCAGCCGGGCCUUUGGGGCGGAGACUUUGGGGCCAACGAACGCGUGGCCGUAGGCCUCACCUGGGCGGCAGGUGAAAAUGAGGCCAAGGACAGCGACUGCCUGCUGGGCACGGAUAUUGUGCGUUUGACUUUGGCUGUGGCCAAAGACGUGGACGAUGCUGUAGAUCGCAUUGGAGCUUUGGUGGCCAGCCACGGCCACGACAACUCCAAACUUAACUUCAUAGCUUGUGAUGCCGCUGCCGCCUGGUUUGUUAGUUGCUCGGGCAAGGUCUGGGCCGCCGAGAAGUUGGAGGCCAGCUUUAUGCGCCUGCCCUCAGGCGGACUGGCGGUGACCACUGUGGUUAACAAGUCCAGCGAGGGACUUGAUGAGGCUGCUAGUUUUGCCGCUGCCCACGAUGCAGAGGCCCAGGCACCGGCUGAGGAUUGGUGUGGACCCAAGCCAGCUGGCGAUGGAACAUACACCCAGCACGAUAUGUUUGAGACGCUGCGAGCCGCCAGCAACGCGAGCAGCUCGCGUGCGGCCACCGUUUCGGUGUUGUCGGGCAAGGGAAUCUCGUGCCAUUGGUUCACCGGCACGCCCAACGCCGCCGAGUCUGUGUUCAAGCCGUUUGUUUUUGCUCCCAAGCCGAGGAUCUCGCCGUUGACCCAAGUGCAGGCCGAUGCGGACUUGACGCUGCUGCACAAGCUCCACUCGCAACGAAAGCCGGCGGCCUUGGAGCACUUGCGUAGCUUGGAACGGUCCUGCGUGGACGAGCUGAACAACUACUUCUCUCUGCAGGAUCACGCUAGUGACGAGCUGGACGAACUCCUCAAGGACUGUGUCGAGGCGGAGGUCAAGUUCUAUCGCUAGACAAACGAAUACUAUCUAUAUGGAUACUCCAAAAACUAGCUUGCAAGCUCUAUUGAGCCUCGGGAUUUGACUUGAGCAUUCUUAUGGCAUUACCAAAUAGGCUAUAGUCGGCAAAACAUUUUCUUGUGCAAUCUCUUAUUGAUUUUAUUUCUUUUAGUUUUUAUGCUUUUGCGUGAUAUUUAAAUUAUUAUUUAUUCUCCUUCAGUGGGCAAUCUCUGACUUGAAUUUAAAGUAUUAUUAUGUGACAUUCCAGGCUUAGUUUAACGAUUUACAUACUUGCAUUAAAAUAUAUAUGAAUACAUACACAAAUAUACAUUAUAUACGGCUCUCAAAUAAACGCAUAAAAUCUGCAUUUAUAUAAAAA